AUAAUUUUUUUUUAAUAUUAAGGAUUUAAAAAUGAAAAUAGCCAUGGAUACGGGAAGAUUCUGCUUCUACCAGCCAUGGCCGCAGUUGGCUUCGUCUUCUUCUUCACGCUGUUGCUAUCGGCAGCAUUCCAUUGCCAAUCGGUUACCGAGGAGAACUGCUGCAGAGAGGAGGUAGAAUCACUGACGCGUGAAUUACUAGAUUCCGCGAGAGAGACUCGUUUCUUCAAAUGGAUGAUAGGGAUCAGGAGGAAGAUUCACCGGUAUCCAGAGCUGGGGUUCGAGGAGUACAGAACGAGCCAACUCAUCCGAGAAGAGCUGGACUCGCUUGGGGUCAACUACAAAUGGCCGGUGGCUAAAACUGGAGUGGUGGCUUCAAUUGGAACCGGACAAAAACCAGUAUUCGCUCUCCGAGCUGACAUGGAUGCCCUAUCCUUGCAGGAACAAGUGGAGUGGGAGCACAAGAGCAAGAUUGACGGGAAGAUGCACGCCUGUGGUCACGAUUCUCAUGUCGCAAUGUUGCUUGGAGCAGCCAAGAUGCUGCACAGCAAAAGAAACGAAUUGAAGGGAACUGUGAAGCUGGUUUUUCAGCCUGGUGAAGAGGGUCAUGCAGGUGCUUAUCAUAUGCUGCAAGAUGGUGUUCUUGACGAUAUAAACGGUAUCCUCAGCAUCCAUGUUUUGCCAACAUUUCCUACUGGUGCCGUCGCAUCAAGACCUGGCCCGUUGCUUGCUGGCUCUGGGUUUUUCUCAGCCAAGAUUCAAGGGAAAGGUGGACAUGCAGCAAGCCCGCACAAGGCUAGGGACCCAAUUCUUGCAGUAGCUUUUUCCAUUAUUGCUCUUCAACAGAUUGCGUCUCGAGAGAUAGAUCCCCUUGAGGCUGCAGUAAUCACUGUUGGUUUUAUUGACGGAGGUCAAGCAGGAAAUGUGAUCCCAGAAUCAGUCAGAAUUGGUGGAACUUUCAGAAGCUUGAGCAAUGAAGGUCUUUUAUAUAUCCAAAGAAGGAUUAAAGAGAUUAUAGGGACGCAAGCAGCUGUUCAUCAAUGUAGUGCUGUGGUGGACUUAAUGGAGAAUCUACAUUCUCCUCAUCCGGUGAUGAUCAAUGAUGAAGCACUUUAUGAACAUGCAAGGAAGGUUAGCGAGGCCUUGGUUGGCGAAUCUAAUGUGCACAUCAUGCCAGUGACCAUGGGGGCAGAAGAUUUCAGUUUUUUCUCAAAGAAAACUUCUGCUGCAAUCUUCGUUGUUGGAAUAAAGAACGAGACUUUGAAGUCAGGUCAACCUCUACACUCACCUUAUUUUGUUGUUGAUGAAGAGGCUCUUCCUAUAGGAGCUGCUCUUAAUGCUGCAGUGGCCAUCUCUUAUUUAGAUAGCCACUUUGUUUCCAAUAGAAAUAUGUGAUAUCACCAUUAAUUUUAUUGAACAGAAUCACUAGACUUGUUAGAUGGUCAUGUCAAUCCGUACUAGAUAUUUUUGCAGAAUCAAUUUUGAAGGAACUUUUAGUGCUAGACUUAUCCAAUUAAAAAACAGGGAAGAGAAGACUACUCGAGUCUUGUAUAAA